AUGGACCAACCAUUAGAUGAAAUUCAAUGGAAGAUCCCUGAAUGGAUCAAUCAAUUCGGUUUACAUACCGGAAAUGUUCUAGACUAUUUCAGUGAAUCCCCAUUUUAUGAUAGAACUUCUAACAAUCAAGUUAUCAAGAUGCAAUUUCAAUUUCAACCACCACCUCCAAAUAUUCAAACUCCAUUAGAAUUCACCAAAUAUUUCGAAAAUAAAUUAAUAGAGAUGGUAGGUAUAGAAUUUAUCAUAGCAUACGUCAGAGAACCUGACUUCUGGAUAAUACGGAAACAAAAUCGAUUGAAUAAAGAGAAUGUCCAAAUAUUGAAUGAUUAUUAUAUAAUUGGAGCGAAUAUCUAUCAGUCACCUAAAAUAUAUGAUUUGUUAAGUUCAAGAUUACUCAACAGUACGUUAUCCAUAAAAAAUUCCAUCAAUUUGUUAAAUCAACUUAAUUCCAAUGAUGAAAAGCCCGUAGUUCAGAGAAAACCUAGAGAUGAUUUAGAUAUUAUACUAAAUAAAUGUAUUUAA